AUGGAGGUUGGAACGCAAAACAUCGCCAAGCUGGAGCCCUUCCUGCUCAUGUCCAAAGGGGCAAAAGGUGCCGCCGCAGCCAAGCUCAUACAGGACGCCACUACUGCCCCUGGUGUGUUCGUCUUCGCUGAGCUACUUGAGCAGCCCAACAUUCAGGAGUUGUCGGGUCACGAGCAACACAACCGUUUCUACUCGUUACUCCAGCUCUUCUCUUACAAAACAUACCCGGAUUACCUUCAGUACAAGGAUGCUCUUCCACCUCUGAACGAGGCGCAGAUUACAAAACUCAAGCAACUCACGCUCGUCUCACUUGCACAGGACCGUCGGAUCCUUCCCUAUGACCAACUACUGCGCGACCUCGAGAUGCCUACUAUCCGUGACCUAGAGGAUUUGAUCAUUGACGCAAUCUAUCUCGACAUCGUUAAAGGGAAGCUGGAUCAGCGCGAGCAGCAAUUUGAAAUCGAGUACACAAUGGGUCGAGACUUGGAGCCGGGAAAGUUAGAGCAGUUGCUUGUCUCAUUGCAAAAUUGGGCAUCAACAACGUCCGCUAUCCUCGCUACCCUCGAUGACAAGCUGUCCGAGAUAUCCAACCGCACCGCAACGUCGAAGAAGUACAAGGAGGCAUACGAGAAGCAAUACCAAGCAACGCUCAAAGAGGUGGUUGACAAGCAGAAGGAGCAGCGAAAUGCGAACAAGCCGCCUGUGUACACCGGCCGUACGGGUCUUACGGCUGCUGGUCGGGCGGAGCUCGCCAAUCAACGCGCACGCGAGGAGGCGGAGCAACGGGAACGCGAGAAGGCGCAACGGAAGGAGGCGGAGGAGGACAAGGACAGUAUGGACGUCGACGAACCUACAGACAGCAAAGGCAAGGGGCGCAAGCCUUCCGUGUCAGAUUCCUCACAAGGGCAACAGCGCAAGAGAAAUCGUGUUUGA